UUCAAUUCCUACAAAUAAGAUCAUUCUCACCUUUGUUUUUCUCUGUAACAAUGGCGGAAAAAGGGGAAUCAUCGAAGAUGGCAGCGAUGAAUGCUGCUGAGGAAUUGGAAACUCACGAAAGGGCCAAAGGAGAAACGAGUGAGGUUCCCAUUGAAGAACUGAAGAAGCUUACAAUCACGAAGAAAGAAGAAGAAGACGAACCAACGAUUAAGCUGAAAACUUCGGACGGCAUCAUCUUCGACGUGGAAGCUUCCAUCGUGAAGCAGAUGGAAACGGUGCAGGCUGUGAUCGACGACGUAGGAAUCGGGCCCGACGCGGUCAUUCCUCUGCACAACCUAACCUGCUCUGAACUGGGCAGGAUCCUGGAGUUCCGGGCGAAGCGAAGCCGUGUUGGCAGCGACCCGAAGACAUUGAGAAAGUUCGACGAAAAGUUCAUGUCGAUGUUGACGCCUGACCAGAUUAGGGAACUGUUACUCACUGCUAACUAUCUCAACAUGAGUCACAUGAUGGAUGUGAUAUCCGGGGCAAUUGCAAACUACCUCAAGUACAAAACCGUUGAGUUUGCGCGGGAAUUCUUCGACAUCGUCAGCGAUUACACGCCGGAGGAGGAGGCGGCGUAUCGUGAAGCCAACGCAUGGGCAUUCCGAAACAUCGACAUGGAGUCAGUGGGUUGAGAUCCUUUACUCAAAGCAUUCAAAGAUGUUCUGAAGGCUGAAGGAGUUUCCUAAUUCAUCCUCCGAGUUAUGUUGUUCUAUCUCUUCUCUUUGUCCUAGGUGUGAGUACCUAUCAAAGACACUCUGACGCUAAAGUUAGUUAUUUACUUAAUUAUUCUGUAAUAAAAAUGAGUAAUCAUAAUUCAAGAUUACCUGCCUUGUCUCCUUCGUCAGAUAUAUAUUUAUAAAUAUUAUAUUUAGCUUACCAUCAUU